CCUUGCUUGUUGGCCCGACAGCAAUGCAGCAGGGACUGUGCUGGGGCUCAUGGGGCACUCCCCUGGGUCGCAGUAGGGAAGAGAAAGAGUGGGUUUGGGGGGAGUGUUUGAUAGAACCAAGUGGCCACUGAGUGUGCCUGCCUCACGGGCACAGCCCUGUGUAUGGGCUUCCCGGAGGACCUUCAGCAUGCCAGGAAAGCAGCCCUGCGAUGGUGGGUUCAGGCUGGGACCCCUACUCUGGAGAGGUGUUGCUGUUGGCUCCGUAGCCUGUUCGGGUGAUCUGAAAGGUGACUUGUUAGUGGUGGGGUCCUGGUGCCCUGCAGGGACUUGGGUCAGCAGAGGCCCGGAUGGCUGCUCCACACCAUCCUCUGGUGGCACGCUCUCUCCUCUGGUCCUGGGGUCACUCCGAGGCCUGGUGACGGUGCUGGUGCGCUGCCAGAGGGUUGUUGGACAUGGUCGUGAGUCCUGGGAUGAGUGGUUUUCGAAACCUCAGAAAUAUGUUAGCUGUGAGUUUCAUUUUGAUUGAGCCCUGAGUUGAGUAGUUGACUCUGCCCAAGUGUACUUUCAUGGUUUUAUCAAGUCUUUUGUCAUCCUGACCGGCAUUAACUCUAUCUUUGACUUUAUUUUAGGUAAUCAUUACCAAAUGAGGAGGAAAGGACGAUGUCAUCGAGGCUCUGCAGCAAGGCACCCCUCUUCCCCGUGCAGUGUUAAGCACUCCCCGACUCGAGAAACAUUAACGUACGCUCAAGCUCAGAGGAUGGUUGAGAUAGAAAUUGAAGGGCGCUUGCAUAGGAUCAGCAUUUUUGAUCCCCUGGAGAUCAUAUUAGAAGAUGACCUCACUGCUCAAGAAAUGAGUGAAUGCAACAGCAAUAAGGAAAAUAGUGAGAGGCCACCUGUUUGCUUAAGAACUAAGCGUCACAAAAACAACAGAGUCAAAAAGAAAAACGAAGCUCUCCCCAGUGCCCAUGGCAUGCCGGCCUCAGCCAGUGCCCUCCCUGAGCCCAAGGUGCGCAUCGUGGAGUACAGCCCUCCCUCUGCCCCCAGGAGGCCCCCGAUGUAUUACAAAUUCAUCGAGAAGUCGGCUGAGGAGCUGGACAACGAGGUGGAGUAUGACAUGGACGAGGAGGACUACGCCUGGCUCGAGAUCGUCAACGAGAAGCGCAAAGGCGACUGUGUCUCUGCGGUGUCGCAGAGCAUGUUUGAGUUCCUGAUGGACCGCUUCGAGAAGGAGUCGUACUGUGAGAACCAGAAGCAGGGUGAGCAGCAGUCCCUGAUCGACGAGGACGCCGUGUGCUGCAUCUGCAUGGACGGGGAGUGUCAGAACAGCAAUGUGAUCCUCUUCUGCGACAUGUGCAACCUGGCCGUGCACCAGGAGUGCUACGGGGUGCCCUACAUCCCCGAGGGCCAGUGGCUCUGCCGCCAUUGCCUGCAGUCCCGGGCCCGGCCGGCGGACUGCGUGCUGUGCCCCAACAAGGGCGGUGCCUUCAAGAAGACUGACGAUGACCGCUGGGGCCAUGUGGUGUGUGCCCUGUGGAUCCCGGAGGUUGGCUUUGCCAACACGGUCUUCAUCGAGCCCAUUGACGGUGUGAGGAACAUCCCCCCAGCCCGGUGGAAACUGACGUGCUACCUCUGUAAGCAGAAGGGCGUGGGCGCCUGCAUCCAGUGCCACAAGGCCAACUGCUACACAGCCUUCCACGUGACGUGCGCCCAGAGGGCCGGCCUCUACAUGAAGAUGGAGCCUGUGAAGGAGCUGAGUGGUGGCAGCACCACCUUCUCCGUCAGGAAGACCGCCUACUGUGACGUGCACACGCCUCCUGGCUGCACCCGGAGGCCGCUGAACAUUUAUGGGGAUGUUGAGAUGAAAAACGGUGUUUGUCGAAAAGACAGCUCAGUCAAAGCAGUCAGGUCCGCAUCCAAGGUCAGGAAGAAAGCAAAAAAGGCUAAGAAAGCGCUGGCCGAGCCGUGCGCCGUCCUGCCGGCCGUGUGUGCUCCGUACAUUCCUCCGCAGAGAUUAAAUAGGAUUGCGAAUCAGGUGUCCAUUCAGCGGAAGAAGCAGUUUGUGGAGCGAGCCCACAGCUACUGGUUGCUCAAAAGGCUGUCUAGGAAUGGCGCCCCCCUGCUGCGGCGGCUCCAGUCCAGCCUGCAGUCCCAGAGAAACACGCAGCAGAGAGAAAAUGACGAGGAGAUGCAAGCCGCCAAAGAGAAGCUGAAGUACUGGCAGCGGCUGCGGCACGACCUGGAGCGUGCCCGCCUGCUGAUCGAGCUCCUGCGCAAGCGGGAGAAGCUCAAGCGCGAGCAGGUGAAGGUGGAGCAGGUGGCCAUGGAGCUGCGGCUCACCCCACUGACCGUGCUGCUGCGCUCAGUCCUGGACCAGUUGCAGGAGAAGGACCCCGCAAAGAUAUUCGCCCAGCCCGUGAGUCUGAAGGAGGUACCAGAUUAUUUGGAUCACAUUAAACAUCCCAUGGACUUUGCCACAAUGAGGAAACGGUUAGAAGCUCAAGGGUAUAAAAACCUCCAUGAGUUUGAGGAGGAUUUUGAUCUCAUUGUAGAUAACUGCAUGAAGUACAAUGCCAGGGACACCGUGUUCUAUAGAGCCGCAGUGAGGCUGCGUGAUCAGGGCGGUGUUGUCCUGAGGCAGGCCCGGCGCCAGGUGGACAGCAUCGGCUUGGAAGAGGCCUCGGGGAUGCACCUGCCCGAGCGGCCCACUGCGGCCCCCCGGCGGCCUUUCUCCUGGGAAGACGUGGACAGGUUGCUGGACCCAGCCAACAGAGCCCACAUGGGCCUGGAGGAGCAGCUGAGAGAGCUGCUGGACAUGCUCGACCUCACCUGCGCCAUGAAGUCCAGCGGCUCGAGGAGCAAGCGGGCAAAGCUGCUCAAAAAAGAAAUCGCUCUUCUGCGAAACAAGCUGAGCCAGCAGCACAGCCAGCCCCCCGCGGGGUCAGGUACUGGCAGCUUUGAAGAGGACGGUGCUCCGCUGGGGCUGGAGACGGGCGAGGAAGUCCUUCCGAGGUUGGAGACUCUUCUGCAGCCAAGGAAAAGGUCGCGGAGCACAUGCGGAGACUCCGAGGUGGAGGAGGAGUCCCCGGGAAAGCGCCUGGACACAGGUCUCACCAACGGCUUUGGGGGUGCGCGGAGCGAGCAGGAGCCGGGCAGCGGCCCUGGGAGGAAAGCCGCACCCCGACGUCGCUGCGCCUCCGAGUCCAGCAUCUGCUCCAGCAACAGCCCGCUCUGCGAUUCUAGUUUUAGCGCACCCAAGUGUGGGCUGGGCAAGCCUGCCCUCGUGCGCCGGCACACGCUGGAGGACCGGAGCGAGCUGAUAUCCUGCAUUGAGAACGGGAACUACGCCAAGGCGGCCCGGAUCGCGGCUGGUGAGGUGGGUCAGAGCAGCAUGUGGAUUUCCACCGACGCAGCGGCCUCUGUCCUGGAGCCCCUGAAGGUGGUUGGGCCAAGGUGCAGCGGCUACCCCUCCUACCCGGCACUGGUGAGUGGCCCUGUGCCUCGGUGCCUGGGGCACCACAAUGGCGUCACCAUCCCAGCCCCACCGCUGGACGUGCUGAAGAUUGGAGAGCACAUGCAGACCAAGUCCGACGAGAAGCUGUUCCUCGUUCUGUUUUUUGAUAAUAAGCGAAGUUGGCAAUGGCUUCCCAAGUCCAAAAUGGUUCCCCUGGGUAUUGAUGAAACGAUAGACAAGUUAAAGAUGAUGGAGGGGAGGAACUCCAGCAUCCGGAAGGCCGUGCGCAUCGCCUUCGACCGUGCCAUGAAUCACCUGAGCCGCGUCCACGGGGAGCCGGCCAGCGACCUCAGUGACAUUGACUGACGCGGCCCCUGGGAGCAGCCUGGGCCUCGGGUCCUGUCAUAGUGUGGAUAAGCUGUACAUAGUUGUAUAUGGUUCAAAACUUAACUUAUUCUGAUUUUCAGUCGUAGUUCUUUAAUUCUUUUUCCCCGGGGGAGGGGGGGAGGUUAUUUCCCAGUUUCCAUGAGACCGUCUCGUCUCGGCACUGUGCGAGUGGGUGGCUGUGUCCGGCUGCGCGGUGGGGCGCACGCCACAGAGGGGUGCUGCUGUGUCACUUUCUUUGAUUUGUAGCUUUUUUUAAAAAGACUUUUUGAUGUUUAAUAAUUUUGUAAAUCAUACUCUUUACACAGAGUACCACUUAUUUAAUAAGACGGGAUGUAAAUUUACAAUGACAAAUGUGUAUUUUAAGAAAGAAGAUGACAUUAUUUGAUGGUACUUUGUGGAAGGAGCUGAGUGAGCCUGUGCUGUGUGCGUCACUUGCCAGUCACCAAAAACACCCGCCGCGCUGCGGGGCGGCGCCUCCUCACGCCCGUGGCCCGCCCGCCCCAGGCCCACGGCGCCCCAGCGGGUUAUUUAUUGUAGAAAGUGUAUUCAUUGCUUUAUAAAUGAGAAAUAAACUUGCAAAGGUUAUAUCGAUACGCGUUUUUAUACAGGCACCUGCGGAUCAGCUCGGGGGGCGGGCGUGCUGCGCCGCGUUGGCCCCGGCCUGUGCGUCCUUUGAUUUUGUAACUUGUAAUCUUUUGUUAUACAAUGAGGGGCUCUUCUGUAACUCGUUUUAAUUUAGAACACUUUGGUAGCAAUAGAUAACUUGGAUACAUUUUUGUAUGGUACAUGUGAUGUAUAUAGAAUUAGUACUUUAUUUUUAUUUUUAAGAGGUAAAGCAUUAUGUUAGGGGGGAAAAGUAGGGUGGGUUUCCAAAUUUGCAUUUUUUUAUAUUAAAAAUAAAGUGAAGAUU